ACUCUACUUCAAAACACAUGAAAUACGGUCUUUACCAAAACCUGCAAGUGGGCGAGGCCGGUUUUUUUUAAAUUUAUUUUAACGACCGUAAGUGGAGUCUUAAACUUACAAUUGCUGGACUACAAAUAUAAGUACAAGACCAGCAAAUACAAACCCCCCAUGCUUGCAUUCGCCGGGCUUUUCUAGCGGUUAGUUUUUAAAUCCACCUCUAUCUGAGAGUCUCGUGUUAUAGGAUCAAACUUAUUGUUAGACGAAAAAUUUAUUCAAAACGGAGUAAAAUGACCCUCACGUCUAAGGCUCCAUGUUUCAAAUCCAAGUUUAUAACUGCUGAGCUGGCUCGUCUGUUCAGCCAGUCAGACAGUGAGGAGGAGUUUGAAGGUUUCAGCGAGGAUGAGGAAGAAGAGGACAGAGAAUUCUUUAACAAACGGUUAAAGACCAAGGUGGUGGAUUCAGAAGAGGACAGUGACAUAGACACAGGCUUCCACUCUGAUGGCGAGGAGGCUCCACCACCAAAGAGGAGGAGUCUUUUAGUAGCUCUGAGGUUUCCCAUCAAAAGAGUGUCUUCCACCAAAAAGGAAACACAAGAGAAAGCCAGAGAAAAGACUCCCACACAGAUGUCCAGAAGAAGGCAGACGAUGAAGCAGAAACAGGAGGAGGAGGAGGAGGAUGAAGACAAAGAGGAGGACCUGUCUCACAGCCUAAAGAAACGAGACAAGAACAUCCAGGAAAACAAAGCCAUGCUGGCUAAGCUGUUUGCUGAUCUGAGCACCACCAUGGCUGACCUGACUGCACCCGCCACCCCUCAAAAGAAGAAACGGCUGUCAGAGAGGGCAACGCCAAGGAAACGCAAGUCUGAAACAGAUGUGGGGUCAGAAAGGAGGAACCCAUCACGUAAGGCUCGUCCUCCUGAGAACUUUGCAGUCGAGCCAGUUCAUGUCAGAAGCCCCCGUACUAUAGACAUCAAGAGGCUGGUGGAGGUUGAUGAGGACCGUAUUGUUGAGAAAAAAAGGAGGAGGUACAGUUCCAGGAAGAGUCAGUAUUGUGUGAAGUCAGUCGACGAGAUCACCGAAGAAGACCUGGACAACAUAGCAUACCGCAGCAAAGACAAGAUCUGGGACAAGGAGGAUGGCAGCUCGUGUCACCAGUGCAGACAGAAGACUCUGGACACUAAGACAGUGUGUCGCAGUGGAUUCUGUGUGGGGGCCAAAGGUCAGUUCUGUGGACCGUGCCUGAAGAACCGCUAUGGAGAGGACGUACGCACCGUACUGCUAGACCCGAAGUGGUCGUGUCCCCUCUGCCGAGGGAUGUGCAACUGCAGUCUGUGCCGUAAGAAAGAGGGACGCUGUGCCACAGGUAUCCUGGUCGGUUUGGCCCGCUACAACGGCCACGACAACGUCCACGAGUAUUUGAAGAGUAUUCAAAAGGAGCUGCAGUGAAAUUGAGAGACCUGACCAGAGGGGAGAACUUGCAAAAACAGCUGGAGGAGGAGGAUCUGGUGCUGCACAUUACUGUAGAAAUCAUUGUAAUGCACAUUUUUAGGUUUAGAGCAAAUUUUACUUGAUAUACUAAAUCAAAAGUUUGUUUGCUUUUUUUAUUUCACCUUAAGAUAAAGAAACCUAUACUGCUUAUAUCUUUUUAUAUAUGCUGAUUUUGAGGCUGCAUAAGAUGCAGGGAUGCUUUUUCUUUUAUUCUUUUUUUUUUAAAGCCAGUGUUGACUUUUUCUUGUGUGUUUGUUUUCUUUUGGGAUGUUUCUAAUGUUAAUGUCACUUGAACUGUAACAUUUUAAUUUUUUGUGAUUCGGGCACAAACUGAUCUUUUUACACAAACUACUGUUUUAAAAUUUAGAUACUUUGCAACUUUCUUGUCAGUCGACUGUUAAUGU